AUGACUGUCAUUGAUGUGACAGCGGUUAAUACCACCAAUAUUCAACAAACGACAACAACAACAACCGCUGAAACAUUACCUGACGCCGAAGCCCAAAUCGUCAACAAUGAUACCAGAGAUGCUCCGGUGUCCCGAAAAUUCGGUAUUUCGGGACCACCAACAGGAACUAUUAAAUCGGAAAUCAUGAACGAAAUCUAUUGUAGUGGUUCACUUCUUGAAGCGGUUCAAAAAGCUAAAAUCUUCCACGAUUGCAAACAUUUUGUCGACAUGCCACUCAAAACUGAUGUUGAAACGACAUUGCAUGAUUGGCACGAAUUAAUUGCAUCCGGCCAGAUUGAUGAAGAUUUACUGCGACGCUUCGUUGAAAGUCAUUUUGAUGAGCCAGGUGGCGAAUUAGAUACUUGCGAGCCAACUGAUUUCGAUCCAGAAUAUGGCAAAUUUGAAUCUAUCAAUUCACCAUCAUAUCGGCAGUGGGCCAAGGAACUCCAUCGGAAAUGGCCUACAUUAUGUCGUAAGGUGUCGGAUCGCGUUAUUGCUGAUCCGGAAAAAUUCUCAUUGAUUCCACUACCGAAACCAUUUGUUGUGCCUGGUGGACGUUUCCGGGAGAUGUACUACUGGGAUAGUUUCUUUACCAUCAAGGGUCUUUUAGCUUCAGGGAUGUAUAACACCGUACGUGGAAUGAUCGAAAAUAUGGGAAGUCUUAUCGAAAGAUAUGGCUAUGUGCCCAAUGGAAAUCGCGUAUACUAUCUUAAUCGAUCUCAACCUCCGUUACUCACGUGGUGUCUGUUUGCAUAUUACGAAACAACAGGUGAUAAGGAGUUCGUCUUCGCUGGUGCUCGUUGGUUCGAAAGAGAAUUUUCAUUCUUUCAAACACAUAAAUCAAUUCAACUGCCCGGUGUGACAUCGUUGCUCUAUCGAUACCAUGUUGUAGCCGUUGGUCCACGUCCGGAAAGCUACCGUGAAGACGUUGAAAGUGCUCAUCAUAUCGAGGAUGUCUUAGAGAAACAACGUUUAUGGGGUGAUAUAGCAGCUGCAGCUGAAAGUGGACGAGAUUUCAGCUCACGUUGGUUUUCUCGAGAUGGGCCCGUAGCUGGUAAAAUGGGUUCUACACGGACAAGUUCGAUCUUACCAGUCGAUUUGAAUGCAAUCAUUUGUGGGAAUCUUCGUUUAAUGGCUAAUUUGUAUGAGGUAAUUGGCGAUACGUUAAGCGCUGAGCAGUGUCGACAACAGUUCAGAAGUAUGAAGCAGGCAAUCCAUCAGAUAUUCUGGAAUGAAGAAUGUGGAUGCUGGUUCGAUUACGACAUCAUCUAUGGUCGUCAUGUUAAUGUUUAUAUGGAUACCAAUUUCUUUCCAUUGUUCAGUGGAUGUACGCACGAUGAUUUCGAUCCGCAGAAAAUAGUAUCCUACAUGACAAACAUGGGCGUUCUAGCCUUCCCAGGUGGUUUACCAAGUUCGUUGAUAGCAUCCGGACAACAGUGGGAUUUCCCUAACGCUUGGGCACCAACAACUUGGGUUGUGAUUCAGGGUUUGCGUUCCACUGGUCAACAUGAACUUGCUCGUCAAAUUGCGGAGAAGUGGAUCAAGCGAAAUUAUAGCAUGUGGCUUAUUUCUGGUGGACGGAUGUUUGAGAAAUAUAACGUUGCGUCGCAAAGCUAUAAUACGGCCGGAGGUGGUGGCGAAUAUGAGGUUCAAGAAGGAUUUGGAUGGACCAAUGGUGUUGUCUUAGAUUUGCUUCUUACAUAUGGACCUGACUUGACCUUCAAGUCGGAUGAUGACACGUCCGUAACACCGGAAGAAGUGUGCGUUUUUUGCCAGGAACACCGCCAAGUUUCUGAUGGUGCUACAACCGCUAACACCAUACUGGUACCAUCACCAACUAAUUCUGGUCUCCAGUAA